GUGCCUCACGAGUCAGAGUCGUCAAAGUUGAACUUGAAAUAUUCUUAAAAGAUCAUUUAAAUAUUAUAAGCAAAUUGUUCAUCAUCAGUUCAUUUAAUGUCGCGUUAAUGUGUACAUACUUUUUGUGACUGCCGCCCAGGUUCUUCAGCGCAGUUGUUUUUCUAAAGCGUUUUACCUUGUAAAGAAGUUUUUCUUCAGUGACAUUUCUGCCCCAUUGCAAAUAACCAUAUCAUAUAGCUCGAGAAAAUUUGUUUGACUUAAAGUGGCAUAGUAAUCUCUUGUUCAUAGACAUAAUUUAAAACCCAACCGAGCGCUCAUAAAUCGAGUUAAUAUUGUAUCAAGUUACAAGAACAGUGCAAUACUAUUAAAAAUGUAAUCUAUUUGACAGAAGCCCUUAACUUCGAUAAUGAUUUUGAUCAGAAAAUAAUGCUUAAAAAUAUAAGAAAAGCAGUCUAUAGAAUUACGUAACUAGACAGAAUAAUGGGUAACAUGAGAAGCAACCGAGUUGAAACAUGUACCUUCUUUAUUGCCGUAAUUAUUGAUGUAUGCUCCUUACCCUUUCCUUCCCUUCUCUACCCAACGGUCCAUUCAUGAUAUGUUCUUUCGUGGGUGGACUAUGUAAGCGUAUUUAUUUCUGUUCCUCAUUCUUCUGCAUCCCGCAGGAGUUCUCUCAUAAGCAUCAAGCAUAAUGGCGUAAUAGCUGUCAUUUCUGAAUUGUGCCUGAAAGUGUGAAAUAGGAAGUGUUCUACGGUGUUCCAGUUUUCUUUUAUCGCGUCAAAAUUUUCUUUGUGUUGUUCGAAUUUUUGCAAAAAAAUGUGUCGAUUUUCGAGUACGUUGCUGUUGCUGUUGAUGUUAUGCGUUGGACGAGCGAUUGGUUUGUACGAAACGGCACCCCAUAUUAUCGUAAUCAUGGCAGAUGAUCUGGGAUGGAAUGACGUCGGUUUUCACGGAUCAAAUCAGAUACCAACACCUAAUAUUGAUGCUCUUGGGUAUAAUGGUAUUAUACUGAAUCGACACUAUGUUCUACCGUCUAGUACACCUUCUAGGUCAGCUUUCUUAACCGGACUUUAUCCAAUACGAAUUGGAAUGCAAGGCGAUGGUAUACGUGGUGGCGAACCACGUGGUCUUCCAUUGGAUAUAAAAAUAUUACCAGAACAUUUGCGAGAUUUAGGUUAUACGACGAAAUUAAUUGGAAAAUGGCAUAUGGGAUAUCACACACCUCAGUAUACGCCAUUACACAGAGGAUUCGAUUUUUUUCUAGGAUUUUACAACAGCCAUAUUUCAUAUUACGAUUACCACUAUUCGAAUCAGAAUAUGAGUGGAUACGACUUACAUCGUGGUGACGAUCCAGCUCACGGGAUUAACCGCGAAUAUGCGACAGAUUUAUUCACCAAAGAGGCAGUGAGAAUGAUCGAAACUCACGAACUCCCUAGACCACUGUAUCUUCAAAUAUCGCAUCUAGCAGUUCAUGCUCCUUUGGAACAACCUAGAGAUGAGUAUAAUGAUGGAAGGUUUUCAUACAUUCGUGAACCGAAUCGUCGCAAAUAUGCCAGAAUGGUGUCAAGAUUAGACGAUUCGGUCGGACGUAUCGUUCACGCAUUGGGCGAAAAAGGAAUGUUGAGGGAUUCCUUGAUUUUAUUUCUGACUGAUAAUGGAGCUGCAUCUGUCGGUAGAUACAGAAAUUGGGGCUCAAACUAUCCCCUAAGAGGGACAAAAUACACCUUAUACGAAGGAGGUGUAAGAAGUGUCGCAGCACUAUGGUCACCAAGGUUACAAAAAGUAGCUCGCGUUUCUAAUCAAUUAAUACAUAUAACUGAUUGGUUGCCGACACUUUACUCGGCAGCUGGAGGAGAUUUAAAGGAUUUAGGACAGAUCGAUGGUAUUGAUUUGUGGCGGGUACUUAGCGAAGGAUACGGACGUGGCAGAGACAAACUUUUGUUGAAUAUCGACGAAAUUCAGAAAACUGAAGGAGCAAUAUACAGCAGAUUCAAGUUAUUACGAGGAUCAGUCGAGAAUGGUUACUACGACGGCUUUUACGGAGAUUCCGGAAGGACAUUAGAGAUACCACCGUAUACAGAUGUCGUACUAAGAAGUUCUGUUUCUCAAAGUAUCACCUAUCAUUUGGGUGGUCCAGUGACACAACCAAGUACAAUGAUACAGCUACGACGAGAUGCAACGGUUCAGUGUCAGAAUAUGACAUAUCACUACAGACAUGCGUUCACCACGUGCAAUGUCACGGAAUGUUUGUUCGAUAUCGUAAACGACCCAUGUGAAACAAAAAACGUCGCUGAUGCAUAUCCCAGAAUUGCGAGGGACCUAGACCUCUAUCUGGAACACUAUGGUCACAUUCUGAUGCGACAGAUUAAACAUCCUGUUGAUUGGUUAGCUGAUCCAAGGAGAAGAAACAAUACAUGGGAACCAUGGAUGAAUUCCGGAGCUGCGAUAUUUGUUCCUAACACCGCAGCAAUAGUUGGCAAUUUAAUGUGCUGUGUUCACAUUGCGAUAGUUCUUGUUUCAACCAUAAUGAAUAUUUUUACCUGAACACUCGACGCUUGUAGCUAUUAAAAAUAUUCUUGCAAAUUGGUUAAUUUGUUUAAGUAAACCUGUUCGUGUAACAAAUAUUUUAAAAUAUUUGCAAUUUUUAAAUAGUAUUUAUAGAUAUAGCGUUACCAAACAUUUUAGCGGUAUUUUAAAUUUAAUUUUCAUUGCAUUUCGGAGAUAUUUUGCACUGUUGUUUUUAUGUUAUUUAAUUACCUUUUAUAUUUUCACAAUUGAUGUAAUACCUAAUUGAUGUAUUUGGCAGAGUUUUGGAUUUGUAAUGUGUAUUUUAGCGAGUGUUUAAAACAGCGUUGGCUCGAAUUGUGUGAAAUAUAUGAAGUGUUUCAUACUUGAAAUGUUGAUA